UCAACAAGUUGCCGAACUAUGUUGAUAAUUUGAUGUGUCUUCUAGUCAUGAUUGAACCUUGACUGUCACAGUUAGGAUGUCAGGAUUUGCUUUCUUUCCAUAGAAAUGCCACAUAUGUUACAUUACCAAGUUAACGUCAUUCAAACAGUAGCUGGACCUAUUUUACGGUGCAUUUCCGAGUAAAUAAAUGGAAAACUCGACGACAGAGAUGCCGGGUCAACCGUUCAGCGACGAAAUUGAUACCACAGAAACCUCGAGCUCCUGUACCCUCGAAGAAUCGGUGAUACGGCCUGGAGAGCUCACGCCGCAGUCAGAUGUCAAGCAAAUAGAUAAUUCAAUCUUCAAUACUAUCGGAAAAAUAGUCAAUUGCACAGCCAAGGUGCCGGAAAUACAGGAUUUUAAAAUUGUCAAGCCAAUCAGUAGAGGUGCAUUUGGAAAAGUCUUUUUAGGCUACAAAAAGACAAAUCCAGAGCAAAUGUAUGCCAUAAAAGUAAUGAAGAAAAAUGAAAUGAUAAAUAAGAACAUGGCAUCACAGGUAGUUAUUGAGAGAAACGCUUUGGCUUUGACACGCAGCCCAUACUGCGUUCAGCUGUUUUAUUCCCUGCAAUCGAUCAGCAGUGUUUAUUUGGUGAUGGAGUACAUGGUGGGUGGAGAUCUCAAGAGUUUAUUGGGGAAUUGCGGUUACAUGGAAGAAUCCAUGGCAGCAUUUUACACGGCAGAAGUCUGCCUUGCUCUGGAGUACCUUCACUCCCAUGGUAUCGUGCACAGAGAUCUGAAGCCGGACAAUAUGCUGCUGUCCCGUGAGGGACAUGUAAAACUAACGGAUUUUGGACUUAGUCGAAUACCUGCAAUGCAGAGGGACCUCGAGAUAUCUGAUCUUGUCAAUUGCACACCUAGUCUCCUUACCAGAACUCCUGGCCAGCUACUCUCGCUUACCUCUCACUUGUCGUUUGGAUCAGGCCAGAAGUCGAGCCUUGAGGCAAAUAUUUCAGAUUCGAGUCAGAGGAGUAAUCCAGCCACCAACCUUAUCCAAAUUCUUCGUAAUAACAGUUCAAAAACUAGUGGACGAUGUUGCGGUUCAUUCACAUCUUCGAUUGGGGCAUCGGGUGAUUACUGCCAAGUUUCUGGAAUCACACUAUUUCAAUCUGCAGAAGAUGUUCGGUUAGCCAACGGUAAUAAUACGGACAGCAGUACAAGCUCCAAGGGGCUAGGCGAGAGCGAGGAUAACAGCACUGGCAGCAGUUUUCACACCUGUGAAGCUUCAAGUUCGGUUGUUAAAGUGAAUAGCAGCAAGGGAGAGACUGAAGACGAUGAUUCAACGCUGGAGGCGGAUUGGCCUAAUAAGCAACUCAGUCACACAAGUCCUUUGAGCAGUAGCCAGAUCUCGUUUACCCGAGGAACAAAGCGAAAGAGGAACACUGCUACUGCAGCAACAGGAUUGACCAAGGAAAUUCAUCUUCUUGGUCUAGAGGUCAACUCGACACCCAAAAGGAAGAAUCGAGGGACGUCAUUUUCCCGUGCCGUCUCCCCACAUCCAGCAAUUACUACUGCUAAGGUAACGAAUGGCGAAGGGACGGGCAGCAGCGGAGGAGGCGUCGCAUUCAGUACUCCAGUCUCCUCCAUAAAGCAGAGACGAACUCAAGAUGACGAUCGGCAGGCAAGCGAGAGCGAUAAACCAAUUUUAAUCAAGACAACCAGGUUUGAGUUGCCACAAUCAACGUCUCGGUCUGCACCUGACAUACAGCUUGGUACAGAUGACGACCAUCCAGGUAUCUCACCUAUUAAAACCCCAGGGACAUCUGCCGGUAGUCAUACGCCAUACAGAACUCCAAAGUCGGUAAGGAGAGGUGGAAAGUUGUCGUCGCGGUCAGACGACCGUAUUCUCGGCACACCAGAUUACUUGGCACCUGAAUUACUUCUAAGGCAGGGUCACAGCUCAGCUGUCGAUUGGUGGGCACUUGGGGUUUGCCUAUACGAAUUCUGCACUGGAAUUCCACCCUUCAACGACGAGACACCGCAGGCGGUGUUUACCAAUAUUUUGGCUCGGGACGUUCCAUGGCCAACAGAGGAUGAGGCCUUAUCAGCUUCCGCAAUGGAGGCCAUCGAUGCUCUGCUAACUCUCGAUCCAUUAACCAGACCUUCAGCAGUCGAGGUUCGUUCUAUGACUCUAUUCAGUGAUUUUCCAUGGGAUAAACCACAUAGUGCGACGCCACCGUUUAUACCACAGCCAGAUGAUAAUUAUGAUACCUGUUAUUUUCAAGCUCGAAAUAUACUGCAGCACCUUACUGUUAGCAGUUGUGAUGUGUAGCCAAGAAUAUUUGGAAUGGCAACUGUGUUGCUGCGGCUCAUGCACUGCAGAAGAA